AUGUCUGGCAUGGACAUGCAGAUGGGUACCACCAGUGCCGAUUGCUACGCUUCCAAUACUCCGUGGCUGCAGACUAUGGCGUACUGCAUUCAGCAGAACUGCAAUGCCCACGGAUAUUCAGCAGAUAAACAGGCCAAGUGCUUCAGCACCCAAGCUGUCGCUGGCGCCUCGUCACCGACUUUCCAGGAGAGUCUUCCCUCCGUGGCUCCCACCGUCGAGCUCGCCUCGGAUGCCAUGUGGCUCAACGAGACCAGCUUGGUUAACCAGAGCCUCUACGAUUCGACCUACGGUAGCGAAGGCGAGUUCGCCAGAUCAGAAUACUUACACACGAGAUACUCCUUGGACGGGCACUCACCUAUCUUCUGCUAUAGCAUCGCCCUCUACUUGACUGUCAUUGGCAUCUGCCUCCUCUGUGGCGUGGUGGUCCAGCUUACAAGCGCGGUCCCUACACUGUACAAGAAACUCCAAAGCUUGGCAUUGUGGACAAAGCUUCGACAACAUGUCUUCCUUCCCGCCUUGGUCGGCCAUCGGCGCCUAGAACCUCUUCCUGGGCAGAUUGGCUAUGUACCAAGCAGAACGCUAAGCAUCUUCAUCGCCAUCUACAUCAUUCUCAAUGUUGUCUUUUCUGCCAUCAACUUCAGCAGCUACCAGCCCAACAUCUACUUCUUUUCCAUGGGUUUCGAGCUCUGCGAGUAUGUCGGCAACCGCACUGGUACUCUCAGUCUCGUCAACGCGAGCAUCUCUAUCCUUUUUGCCGGUCGCAACAACGUCUUGAUUGCGCUUACGGGAUGGAGCCAAACGACCUUUUUGACCUUGCAUCGCUGGACUGCCCGCGUCGCCAGCCUGCAGGCCAUUGUGCACUCUAUAGUCUACACGAUGGCAUACUGGGAACCCGGGUAUGGGGGUUAUUCUGAGUACGCCGCCAAAGUGGUGGAGCCAUUCUACUGGUGGGGAAUUAUUGCCACAGUUACGUUCAGUUUGGCAACCGCCUUCGCCGUAUUGCCGUUCCGCAUCAGAUUCUACGAAACCUUCCUCGUUAUUCACAUCAUCCUCGUCGUCCUUGCUCUUGUCGGAUGCUGGUAUCACUUGGUCCCCCACUUCGGCUACACCUAUGGCUACCAGACCUGGCUCUACAUCUGCUUCGCCUACUGGGCUUUCGAGCGCUUCGUCAGAAUCUUCCGUCUCGCCUUUUACAAUCUCGGCAACUCAAAGGCUGAAGUCACAGCCAUUCCUGGUUCCAAUGUCAUGCAGGUGACGAUUCACCCCCGGACCUUGAUGGGGUUCGGUCCAGGGCAGCACAGCUUCCUCUACUUUCCAAAAUCAGGGAAGAUUUGGGAGAGCCACCCGUUCAGUGUUGCUGGUUGGAGGACUGCAGGCAGUUCUGCGCCUAGUGUGACUUUUCCUGCUUCCCCUACAGAUGAGAACAAGAAAGACGUCGUUGUGUCAGUGAGAAAAUCAGAGAACCAAGACGUUGCGUCCGUCACCUUCCUGGUCCGCGCCCACAGCGGUGCCACGGCGUGGCUCCAAAGCCAGCUCGCAUCCUCCUCCAGUCCUACCAUUACGACUUUCGUUCUCACAGAAGGGCCCUACGCGGGUCACCGCGCCACCCACCAGUCGCUCCUCGUCGCUGACACUGUCUUGUGCGUUAUCGGCGGCAUCGGCAUCACCGGCGCACUGGGAUUCAUCCAGCAGUACGCUAAAUCAUGGGUUGGGGAGGCAUCGAACAAGGCGAAGCGAUUUGUUCUGGUCUGGUCCGCCAGGGAGAUGUCAGUCAUCGAACACGUGCGCCGCAACUUCCUUGACAAAGCACCGGGCGUAGAGUGUUCGUUCUACUGCACCGGUGCCAGCUCCGACGAUGCGUCCGGGCAAAAGGAGCAUACCUCAGGUGAUGCUGACGCCACGGUAGCGGGUGUGACCCUCGGUAGGAUGGAUGUCGGCGCCGUAAUCCGCUCCCACCUGGAGAAGAACCACCAUACGGCUGUGCUCGUCUGUGGUCCCGGACAGAUGGCGGACGAAGCCGUCGUACAUGUGGUCAACGGCGUAAAGGAUGGCUUUAAGGUGGAUGUGAUCGAAGAAGCCUUCGCCUGGUGA